AUGCUGUGCAGCGGCGGAUUCAUGUUUGCCAUCUUCACCUCAAGCUCUAUACCUCAGUUCGGCCUUUUUUUAGCCUUUUUAGCCUUAUUUCACUUUUUAGAAUACCUUGCCACUGCUCUAUUCAAUGCCGACAAAUUGUCUUUAGACUCAUACCUUAUCAAUCACAGUGCACAUUAUCAUGCGGCACAUGCUGUUGCCUUGGUUGAAUUUUUGAUAGAAUACUAUUUCUUUCCACAGCACAAAUCAGUAAGGUGGAUCAAUUAUCUUGGUUUAGGACUCGUUAUUUUAGGUCAAAGUUGUAGGACAAUCGCUAUGUUCUCAGCAAGACAUAACUUUUCACAUCAUAUCGUGGACUAUAAAGAGAAAGACCACGUUUUGGUACAGCAUGGCAUUUACAGCAUUAUGCGGCAUCCUUCUUAUUUUGGCUUUUAUUGGUGGGCUAUAGGCGUCCAAGUGCUAUUGUUGAACCCUAUCUGUCUUGUAUUGUUUAUUUAUUGGUUACAUAGAUUCUUUUCUGAACGAAUUGCGUAUGAAGAGCACACAUUACAUCGCUUCUUUGGUCAAGAAUGGCUUCAAUAUAAAUCGAAAACAUCUACUCUAAUGCCAUUCAUCUCUUGA